CCCCUCGGCUGGCCGCCAUCUUGUUGUUGAUCCGUACCCAGUGGGCAGCGCUGGGAGCUGGACCCAGCGGCCUGUGCGGGGCCGCUGCUGCGGGGCUCAGCACCUGCGCCGCCUACCAGGGGGCGGGCCGAAACCUGGAGGCCCAGGGGGCUCAGCUCCCUUGGGGAGCCUUGGGCACCUGCAGCCCGGGCCGGGCGGGGAGCCUCCCCUCUCUGCCUGCGUCUGGGGCCUGCCCUUCCUGGAGAUGCUUGAGUUUCUCUAUCCCCCUUUCAUCUUGCUGAGUGCCAAGCCUUCCCCUCAGGAUUCUACAUGCUCUGGGUCUUCAGAUUAUUCCUGCCAAAUGAGGAUCAUGCCUGCCACUGUAUGGAUGAAGAAACAGACUCAGAGAGGCUAAACAAGGUUUUACUAUAUAGCCUGUGGUGGCCUCGAACUUAUGGCAAUCCUGUCUUCAGCCUCCAGAGUCCUGGGAUUAUAGGACAGAAUAAGAAGCUGAGUGGACCGUAACUAUUGCCUUCAGGUUGCUGGGACCUUCUACUUAGCUCUUAUUUUGUGGCCCAUGUGCUACAACCUGUGCCCCCAGUGUGCAACUGGCCCCCAACGCAAUGUGUGUUUGUCAAACCAUGGAAGUGGGGCAGUAUGGCAAGAACGUGGGCCGGGCAGGAGACCGAGGAGUCCUCCUGGAGCCCUUCAUCCACCAAGUGGGCGGACACAGCAGCAUGAUGCGCUACGACGACCAUACUGUGUGCAAACCUCUCAUUUCCAGAGAGCAGCGCUUCUACGAGUCCCUCCCUCCUGAGAUGAAGGAGUUCACCCCUGAAUACAAAGGUGUGGUAUCUGUCUGUUUUGAGGGGGACAGUGAUGGUUACAUCAACUUGGUGGCCUACCCCUAUGUGGAAAGUGAGACCAUGGAGCAGGAUGAUGCUCCAGAACGGGAGCAACCUCGGCGCAAACAUUCCCGCCGGAGCCUGCAUCGGUCAGGCAGUGGCAGUGACCACAAGGAGGAGAAAGCCACCUUGUCGCUUGAGACCUCUGAGAGCUCCCAGGAGGCAAGGAGUCUGAAGGUGGAGCUUCAUAGCCAUUCAGACGUCCCUUUCCAGAUGCUCGAUGGCAACAGCGGCCUGAGUUCUGAGAAGAUCAGCCAUAACCCCUGGAGCCUACGCUGUCACAAGCAGCAACUGAGCCGAAUGUGCUCUGAGUCCAAGGACCGAAAGCUCUACAAAUUCCUCCUGCUUGAGAAUGUGGUUCAUCAUUUCAAGUACCCCUGCGUGCUGGACCUGAAGAUGGGCACCCGGCAGCACGGUGAUGAUGCAUCAGCCGAAAAAGCGGCCCGGCAGAUGAGGAAGUGUGAGCAGAGCACAUCUGCCACUCUGGGGGUCAGGGUCUGUGGCAUGCAGGUCUAUCAGCUGGACACAGGCCAUUACCUCUGCAGGAACAAAUACUAUGGCCGUGGGCUCUCUAUUGAAGGCUUCCGCAAUGCCCUUUAUCAGUACCUGCACAAUGGGCUGGACCUGCGACGUGACCUCUUUGAACCUAUCUUGAGCAAACUUCGAGGCCUCAAAGCUGUGCUGGAGCGGCAGGCCUCCUACCGUUUCUACUCCAGUUCUCUACUUGUCAUCUAUGAUGGCAAGGAGUGCCGAUCUGACCUCCGUCUCAAGCACCUGGACAUGGGGGUUCCUGAGGUGGCACCACCCAGCAGCCCCAGCACUAGCCCCAGCAGCGUCAACCCUGAGGCAGGCCCUUCCUGUCCUCCCAAAGUGGAUGUCCGCAUGAUUGACUUUGCACACAGCACCUUCAAGGGCUUCCGGGAUGACCCCACUGUGCACGAUGGGCCAGACAGAGGCUAUGUGUUUGGCCUGGAAAAUCUCAUCAGCAUCAUGGAACAGAUGCGGGACGAGAACCAGUAGGCCCAGUUCUGGGCCCCCAGUACCCGUUCCUCUCUACCCGCAGACAGGGACCAUUGCUCUGAACUUGCCAUGAGAACACACAGACUUACUUUUAAAGGGUUAUAUUUCUCUCUGGUGUAAACUAAAAGAAAUGUUUUUAGUUGUAGUCUGGAAUCCAUAUAUAUAAAGUGAAAGAGGGCAGAAUAUAUUGCUCUCUCAGCCAGGCUUCUUAGCUUUAUGGUUCUGACUUCUGUGUCCAGGCUGACUUAGGAAGGAAGAGGCAUCCCUGGUUGGCUUGGCAGCAGAGUCAGGGUACCCUGGGACCUUGGCUUCUCUUGCCUUGGCCUUUGGGAUCUGUGAUUUCAGGGUCCUGCUAAUUGUGGGGUGAAGCCCUGGAUAUAGGGUCCAUUCAUGCCCAUUUGCCCCUUGUUCUUCAGAAGUAGAGGGCUUUUUAGUCUUGUGCUGUGAGUGUCAGCAGCUACUGAUUUUACACAGCUGGGCCUGUCUUUUUUGGAUCUGAUUUUGGCAUGGGCCUAGGUUCAUGAAGCUGAGCUGUGGCAGGGAGCAGGCCCGUUUCACCAGUGACUCAUUGACACGUGAACUGCUCUUCCUCUGUCCACAGUCCCAGCCAGCCUCUCAGCCAGCAUCCCUUGCCUGAGGGAGCUACCCCUCAUGAAUUUUAGGGACACUGGGCAUGACUCUGGGGCCCACUUAGGCCUCAGGGCCUGUGUUCCAGACAGUAUUUGCUGUUCCCAUGCUAUGGGUGGGAGCCUCCUUCCUCUAGAUUGGGUAGCUCUGUUGCUUCUAGAUGGGUGCUCCUUUAGGGCUCAAGGGCUGUGGUCCACUCAGGGUCUUGCUCUUUCCCAGGCCAAGCUCAAGGCAGGCAGCCCAUUGCAAGGCAUCCUAAGCCCUGGUCCCAGAGGGAGAACUUUAAGGUUGUCUGUUCUUAGGGACAUUGGACCCUGGGUGCAGGUGCCCAGAUUCUGCUAAUGAGAGCUUUGUCUGAUUAACCCUGGGGUCUGUCAUUUUGUCCUAUGUCUACAUGCCACCCCUAUUUCAUGGGGAUACUUCCCCUGGAACGUAGCCUUGCUUGUUAGUACAUACUGAUUUUUUUCAUGCUGUCCUCAGCAAAAACAUUCUUUCUCAUUUCUGAGGUGAGCUUUUGCCGUUCGUUAGUAGGUGCUGCCUUUUUAAAAAAGAUCUAGUAGCAGAACGAAUUGUAGGUAGUGUUUCUCUGCUGGUCCAGUGCCCUUUCUUGCUGGCCUGCAGUGUGGCUCGACACUGACCUGACUGUAGGUAGUGAAGGCUCAAGGGUCUCCUUGUUUUAGUGAUUUUUGCUGCUAACCCUCAAUGGUGUGGAGACUUGCUGCCUCUUAACAAAGGUGGCCAGUAGGUGAUUCUGCACUUGGUCAUUGCCAAGGUUAGCCCCCCUUGUCCAAGCAUAGGGUCACUGACAUUGUCACUUUUGACAUGUCCCUAUUUUGGUUUCAAAAGUAAGCCUGUGUCUGAGAGGCCUUGGUAACCGAUGGAUUUCCCUCUAAUAUGGGCUCUUUGAUCGAGUCCACCUCUCAGCCGGGUGACACCGGCUGGGGCCAGUGGUGGGUAGGUUCUGUUCCUUGGGGCUGGGAGGCACACCUUUGCUUAUUUUUGGUAACAACCAUCUUUCCUCGACUACUCUGUGGCUUCAUCCAUGAAGGCAGUUGUUCACUGUUAGUGUAGACAGCCUUCCUGGCAGGGUAGCAAGUAAGACAGUGGGUUCAGGGUCACUUGAGACGGCUUGGGGAUGUGUUGUGCCUCCCCGGUUCCCAGGUUCCCAGGUUCUGGGAGCUGCCCUAACAGCAGGGAAGGUUUAAAACGUCUUUAUAAUCCAUGGUUCUGGCACCAGGAAGAGUGGAAAGGCUGGGACCUGGCUGUAGCGGCCCCAGCACAGGGCCCUUUUUCAGCACUUUGGCUACCUAGAGACCCAGCCUUGAUAAACUGAAAGCUGGUGGUGACUGUACAUGCUCUUGCUGCCCUGUUAUCUGUCCCAGGCUGCAGAACCCUGACCCUUGCCAGGCCUCUGUCUGCCUAACCCCAAAGUUGGACCAAAGCGCAAAAUGGGAUCAUGGUUGGGGUGUUCAGACUGCCCCUCUCAAUAUUUCUCCCGGGGGAAUGCUGAUGCUGGCUAGGGGCAGGGACAGCGGUGUGCUGUGGGUGCUGCUCAGGAGGAAGGGGACUAUUGUGCAACUUGCCAGGGACCCGCCCUUCCUUCCCUGGGCCUAUGCAGUGGGCGUUUGAUUGCCACCAAGGGCCAUGGCUGGAUCAGUAGCCGCUGCUCUCAUGCUCACACCUGGCUAUGUGCACGUUUCCUAGAAUGCAGAUUGCUUUGAAUUUCGCAGCUACCAUUUGGUUGGUUGUUGCGAUUCAAAAUGAGAAAAAUACGGAGAACCCUGGGAAGGACCUGGUUCCUUUGUUUCUCGGGGAAAUAUGAAGACCUCCCAUUCUGGGAAUCUACUACUCUUUUUCCGGAGGUCAAGUCUACACAGUACCCGAGGCCUGCACCCCAUUACAACAUGUGGCUCUGGCCACACCUCGGGCGGUUUCAUUUUCUCCGGGCCUUGAGUGUAGGGGAGGGGGUGCUCGGGCCGAGCCCACCCUUCUGUACACCCGGCGUUGCCCACUCUGCUUGUGUCUGAGGUCGCGUAUGUCAAAAUAAAGCCGCUAGCAACUAA